CAUUAUUAUUUUUGCAUUCGUUGCUAAUUCUGUGCUAAUUCCCGUCCUAUAUUUAUGUAAAGCGUCCAAGUUAUUUAUUUGUUGUUAUAAAAUAAAUUUUGCCCGUGUUAAACAUUUCUCCGCAUGUUGCUAUGGUGAUAUGUUGUAAAACGAAGCUAACUGCUACUAUAGCCACACGAACUGUCGUCAUCGGGGAUCUCUAUCUAAAAUAAUGGAGGAGCGUUUUGCCUUCCUGGCAGAGUGGUAUGACCCCAGUGCUGCUCUCCUGCGCCGCUACCAGCUGCUGUUCUACCCCAAAGAUGGCUCUGUGGAGAUGUUUGAUGUGAAGAACCAGCGUACCUUCCUGAGGCGGACCAAAUACGACGAGCUUCACCAGGAGGACCUGUUUGUUGGAAACCGUGUGAACGUGUUCUCCCGUCAACUCGACCUGAUUGGCUAUGGAGACCAGUAUACAGGAAACAAGCUCGGCAGCAAGAAAGAGAGAACUCUUGCUAUGAUUAAACCAGAUGCAGUCAACAAGAUGGGAGACAUUCUGCAGAUGAUCAAUGACGCCAACCUGAUCCUAACCAAAGCCAAAAUGACAAAGCUGACAUGGAAGCAGGCAGCAGACUUUUACACUGAACAUCAGACCAAGUCUUUCUUCAACAACCUGGUGCAGUUUAUGACCUCUGGCCCUGUGGUUGCCAUGGAGCUGAUGGGCGACGAGGCAGUGUCAGUGUGGAGAAGGAUUCUAGGCCCCACUGACUCGGGCGUAGCACGGAAAGAGGCCCCACCAAGCCUGAGAGCUCAGUUUGGCACAGAUGGCACCAGAAACGCUGGACAUGGGUCUGACUCACUGGCUUCAGCAGCAAGAGAGCUGGAGUUUUUCUUCCCAUCCACAGCGGGCCAUGGUCCCGAUAACACGGCCAAUUGCACAGACUGUGCCUGUUGCGUCAUCAAACCUCACGCUAUAUCAGAAGCCCUGACAGGAAAGAUCCUCCACUCCAUCUCAGCAGCAGGUUUUGAGAUCUCAGCCCUGCAGAUGUUUAACAUGGACCGAGCGAAUGCAGAGGAAUUCCUGGAAGUUUACAAAGGGGUUGUAACCGAGUACCCUAACAUGGUGGCAGAGCUAUGUUCUGGACCCUGCAUGGCUCUGGAGAUCAGAGGAACUGGUUCCCCGAAGACCUUCAGGGAGUUCUGUGGACCAGCUGAUCCGGAGAUCGCUCGUCAUCUUCGUCCCGCCUCGUUAAGAGCUCUGUAUGGUAAAACCAAAGUGCAGAACGCCGUCCACUGCACUGACCUCCCCGAGGACGGCGUGUUGGAGGUCCAAUAUUUCUUCAAGAUUUUGGAUGGAUGAAGUUUUUUUUUUUUUUUUUUUUUACACAAAUACACAUUCCAUUUCUAUGAGUAUGUAUUUAAAUAAAAGAGACAUUGACCACAGGAUAA